AUGUCUGGCGAUAAAAGAAAACGUGCAUCACUUGAUUCAUUUGUUACUGUUACGAAAAAGACAAUCGUCACACCAUCUUCAUCUGAGCAAACUGAAAUCGAUCAGUCUGAACUUAACACACUUGAAGUUGCUGAAAUUAUUGAUGAUGAUGCUCAUGAAAACGAUAUCGGCUUUCAACUAUCAUUACGUACUACUCUUACUAACGAAACUAAACAUCGACUUCUUACAAAACCAUUUCGACCUGACAAUAAGUACAAAUUUCCAAAUCAACAAGAAAAAGGUGAACCAGUUCGUCGAUUCAUGGCUUCGUGGUUAGAUCAGCACUCAUUUCUCGUCUACUCACCAUACUACGAAGGAGCAUAUUGCUCUGCUUGCGCUCUGUUUUCACCUAAGGCUUCAAGUCAAUCCGACGUACUAUUCGUUAAUUAUCCAAGUUCUCAAUUUCGUCAUUUAAAAUAUUUCUCGAAAUAUAUUAAAAACCAUCUUAGUUCGAAAAAUCACAAGUUGGCUAUGGUACGUGCCACCGAAUUCAUUCGGACGUUCGAAAAUCCAUCUUCUAGUAUUGAUUAUCAACUGGAUCGAAAUAGAAUCGAAGUAAUUGAAAAAAAUAAAUCUAUACUUCUAUCAAUUAUCAAAGUGGUGAUCACAUGUGCACGGGAAAACAUUGCUCUACGUGGCCAUCGAGGUGAAGAUAUUACUUCAAUUAGAGAUCAUCUUACAACUGUUGAAACACCAUCUGGAUCCAACUUCAUUUCACUUCUAAAACAGCGUAUUGAAGCUGGCGAUCAGCUCCUUCAAUCUCAUCUUGAAAAUGCAAAUCGUAAUUCAACAUAUUCAAGUUCAUCUAUUCAAAACGAGAUUAUUGAACUUAUCCAUGAACACAUUUUGUCAGCUAUUCUCGGUCGUUUGGGUCCUACUACACUCUAUUCAAUCAUAGUCGAUGGUACUACCGAUUCAGCUAACAUCGAACAAUUGUGCUUUCUCAUCCGGUACGUCGAUGCCGAUUCGUUUGAAAUUCAUGAAGAUUUUCUUGCUUUUAUACCUACUACUUCAUCAACCGGUGAAUUUUUUGAACAAGCUAAAGAAAUUGCCAAAGAACUAUUCGUACAACCAACAGCACCACGAACAUAUCAACGACGACAUGGUCAACAUAUUCUUGAUCCAGAAGAAUUUUAUCGUGAUCAAGUAUUUCUUCCUUUUCUGCGUGAAUUAAAAACUAAUGUCGACUAA